GAAAUUACAUGUGAUCUUCGACAACAUGGCAGAGCUGAGAAUUUUUGUAACUACAGAAGGAACAGAACAAUGUCUAAUUGGUGACGAAUAUCCGAUUCCUCAAGAAAAUAUUGGAGACCUGAUUUUAAAUGCAUUCAAAACUAAACCGGACUUUAUCGGCCAGAUAGAUGCGGAAACGGAAGAGCAAAUUACUUUCGAACAGAUGAGAGAGAAUAGCGUGAAGUGUGCAUUAUGGCUAAAGAAAGAAGGUGUCCAAAAAGGCUCUGUAGUAACAAUAUGUACGCGCAAUCCAUCGAUCGCUUAUGUGCCGUUUCUAGCGAGCAUAUAUAUCGGCGCUAUUGUGAACCCGUGGGAUGAAAAAUAUUUUGAGGGUUGGUUCUACCUUUUUCUGAAAUUUCUCUGAAUAAUUUAUUUUCACGCUGACAUACUCUUCCCA